CACCGGACAAGAAGAAGACAGAACAACGCUACGGUUAUCAUCCAUCCAGGUUUCCGGGGUCCAUGGAUCUGUUCGCUCCUGACUAUAGUUGAACGGGACCAGGGUCCACAGGCUCUGCUGGGUGUUCGGGGACUGUGCUGGGUGUGUUCUGGACUGUGCUGGACCCUUGAGGAUGCUGCUGGUCCUGUCUGAAGACCAUAAGGAGCACCUCUCCUUCCUGCCGAAGGUUGACUCCGCAGUGGUGGGAGAGUUCGGUCGCAUCGCGCUGGAGUUUCUGAGGAGAGGGACCAGUCCCAAGAUCUACGAGGGGGCAGCCAGGAAGCUGUCUGUUCCCGUGGAGACGGUGCAGCAUGGAGUGGAAGGCCUGAUGUUCCUGAUGACGGAGAGCUCCAAACACAUGAUCUCUGAAGUGGAUUUUCUGGACUCUGUACUGGUUCUGGGGUUUGGUGAGGAGCUGAACCAGAUCCUGUUACAGCUCUACCUGCAGCACCACGCUCAGAUCCGCAGCAUCCUGAGCCAGCUGCCCUCCAACCUGCCGGCCUACCACAACCUGGAGUGGAGACUGGACGUUCAGUUGGCGAGCCGUCCCCUGCGUCAGCAAGUGGUUCCCAUGGUGACGAUGCGUCUGCUGCUGGUGGGCGGGGGCGCCGGCGGCCACAGCAGUCGGGUUCUCCAGACGGACCCCAGCUCCCUCCUGCACCUCAUCUCCACGCUGGAGGCCGCUCUGGCCACCAUGAAAAGCAGCCAUGCUCGCCGCAUAUUUCGCAACAUCAAAUAACCCAAUAAAUCACUGCCUUCACACCUAGAGACAUUAAGCAGGGUUGAUUAAUCUAGGCUUUUUUUUUCUUCUUUUUCUCUCAAACCCCAAUAUGUGGCAGAUGCUAGUGUUGUACAUACGGUUUCUACGGUUUCUAAGGUUGAUGUCGGAUUAAAGUGUCAGACAAGAU